AUGUCUGUCUUCGGCAACCACAUUUGUGGUUGUUACUACACCACCUCUUACUACAAUCGCACCUAUCUCCCUCAGGUCCACCUGGACUCCCACACCACCAUCACCCCUCUCUACUUCAUCACCAAACUCUCCCAGACCUUCCACAACCCCUCUGGAGAUCAACUCCCCGAGACUCGCUAUACCUUCCCCCUGUAUGAUGGUGUAGCUGUCUCUUCCUUUACUUGUACCGUCGGCGAAAAGGUCAUCAAGGGUCAUGUCGAACAAAAGGAACAAGCUCGCAAGACCUUCGAUGCCGCCGUCAGCAGAGGAGAAACCGCUGGCCUUCUGGAAUCCCUCCCUACUGGUGUCUUUGGAGUUACCCUAGGAAAUGUCCCCGCUGACGCCUCUAUCCAAGUCGACAUCACCUAUGGAGGUGAACUCAAGCACGAUGCUCAGAUUGAUGGCUUGCGCUACAACCUUCCAACCUCGAUCGCUCCUCGUUACGGCAACUAUCCUGGCGAGCUUCUGAAACUCGAUUCUGCCAUCGGAAAGGGCAUGAAAAUUACUGUCGACAUUGACAUGCAAGGCUCCACCGUGCGUAAAGUCCAGUGUCCCUCUGAUCACUCCAUCGCCUUAGACAUCGGCACCCUCUCUACCACCUCUGAGCCCACCUCCGACAUGUCAAAGGCUUCAGUCUCAUUGACUCACAACACAACCGAGCUUGGUUCGGAUUUUGUUCUACAAGUCUUGGUCGACGACAUCAGCUCUCCAAAAGCCAUCCUCGAGAAGCACUCCAUACCUGGUCGUGAAGCUCUUAUGGCAACCUUCGUGCCACGUUUCAAUCUCAAGUCAAUCAGACCAGAAAUCAUCUUCAUCGCCGAUCAGAGUGGCAGUAUGCAAGGCAGCAAGAACACUGCUCUUGUCGCUGCUCUGAAGACGUUCCUCAAGUCUUUGCCGACUGGAGUCCGCUUCAACAUCUGCGCUUUCGGAUCAAGCCAUAAAUUUCUUUGGGAAAAGAGCGUCCCGUACAAUCAGGAAAACUAUACGCAUGCUCUUCAGUUUGUCAAAAGCUUCAGUGCCAGCUACGGUGGCACAGAAUUGAUGCCACCUAUCGAGGCCGCAUUCAAGUCGCACCUUUCUGAUAUGCCCCUCGAGCUCUUUGUUCUCACUGAUGGUGAAAUCUAUGCAGAGUCUCAGCUCUUUGAUUUUGUCAACAAUCAGAUUCAUCAGAAGAAAGUUGAUGCUCGCUGCUUCGUGCUCGGUGUUGGCCAUGAUGUCUCUCACACUUUAGUUGAAGGCCUUGCUCGUGCUGGUAAUGGUAUCUCUCAGUUCAUCACUGACGAUGAGGUCAUGGAUUUCAAGGUUGUCCGUAUGCUCAAGGCCGCUUUGUAUCCCCACGUGAAUGACUACCAUCUGGAAAUCAAGUAUGAGGAGACCGAGGACUUCGAGAUGGUCGAGAGCCUGGCCCCAAAGCAAGUGGUGGAUGUUUCUUCAGACCGGCCAAAGACGACCAUCUCGUUGUUCGACAAUUCUGUUGACCUCAGUGACACUCCUGAUGAGAACACUGAUCGCUAUGCUCAUCUCCCCAACAUUGCUGUACCUGAGUCUAUUCAAGCUCCUCAUGUCCUCCCCCCUCUACUACCUUUCAGUCGCACUACUGUGUAUCUUCUUCUACAGGAUAAAAGAAAGACUCCCAAAUCUGUCCUCUUGCACGGUACUUGUCCCGAUGGUCCGCUGGUGCUGGAGAUACCGGUCAAGAGAAUGGACGACCCCAACUACACAAUCAACGUCCUCUCGGCCAAGAAAGCCAUCCAAGAGCUUGAAGAAGGCAGAGGCUGGAUGACCACCGCAAAGGAAGGUUCCGAUUUGGUCAUGGAAAAACACUCCUCCCGUUUCGAUGAACUGGUCGAGAGAGAAGCCGUUCGUCUUGGUCUUGAUUAUCAAGUCGCCAACAAAUGGUGCUCUUUCGUUGCUGUCGAGCCCAACGAGAAUGGUGAAUGCGUUAGUGAAGACCAAGUCCAAAUGGACACUGAUCUUCAAAGAGCUCAUGGCUACAGAGAUCACCACGUCAAGAAGCGCUGCAGGCGCAUGUCACAGUCAACUGCAUAUAGACCACUUAACGCCUCAAGCCCCUGUAGUGCUUCAUCCGUGGGUCGUGGCGGAGGUCGUGGUGGUGGUGGGGUGUCGCUGGCUCGGAUGUCACCAUCAAUUCCGCCUCAGCUCCAGACUCCUUCGUUCGCCCGCACGGCUGAUCCCAUCGCAUACUUCGCUCAAUCCUCAGGCAACAACGCUUAUCCGACAUCUCCAGAAGUUCCUCUCCGCGCGCCUUCUGACACAGAAGACACCACUACCAUUCCCAUCGACAAUACCCUGGCGGCCGUCCGCGCCCUUGUCGAUCUCCAGUGCUUUGAUGGUCACUGGAAGUGGAACGACGGUCUUCGUAACUUCUUCGCUUCCGCGAUCACCAAGAUGGAGCGCUCUGGAGGAUUCCAAGAGGAGGAGUUGUGGGCCACUGUUCUUGUACUUGCAUGGCUGAAGACCUUCGCAACUGAGUACCGUGAUCUCUGGGAGAUGGUCGCUGAAAAGGGCAAUGAAUGGCUCUUGGCCGAGGAGGACUCGCAGCAAGCUAUGAGUACUGCCAUGGGUGUUCUUGCUCAUGAAAAAUGA